AUGGUGGAGGAGGUUUCUCUGGAGGUCACGGCGGUGCCGGUCUCGGAGGCGGUUAUGGAGGAGGUUUCCCUGGCGGCCACGGCGCCGCCAGCCUCGGUGGCGGUUAUGGAGGAGGUUUCUCAGGUGGCUAUGGUGAUGGCGCUGGCGUCGGCGGAGGUUCUGCUAAAAUCAUCAUUAUCAAGGACGCUGGAGGGGCCGGAGGCGUUGGAGGAGGAUACGGCGGAGCUGGAGGCUUCGGUGGAUUUGGAGGAGACAUUCACGGCUGCAUCUGUGGAAGGACCAUUGGUGGCUGCAUACGCGGGAGUGCCGUUUGCGGAGCCACCUAGGGCGGCAUCUGCUGUGGCAUUUAAGACAUUAAUUUGCGGUUUCACUUUCGUCACAAUUGCACGUGCCGGCUUCCUCGGCGGAGGCGGUGGCUUUGGAGCUGGACACUACGGAGGUGGUGGAGGUCACGGUGGUGGCAUUGGAGGGGGAUUCGGUGGUGGUCACCACGGAGGAGGAGGAGGUGGUGCUGUAUCGUAUCUCGUAAGGACCGUCAGUAAGACCGUUGGCGGAGGCCACGGCGGAUAUGGUGGAGGAGGUUUCUCUGAAGGCCACGACGGCGCCGGUCUCGGAGGCGGUUAUGGAGGAGCUUUCUCCGGUGGCUAUGGUGGUAGUGCUGGCAUCGGCGGAGGUGCUGCUAAGAUCAUCAUUAUCAAGGACGCUGGAGGGGCCGGAAGCGUUGGAGGAGGAUAUGGCGUAGCUGGAGGCUUCGGUGGAAGCCACGGCGGUGGAUUUGGAGGUGGAGUAGGAGGUGGAGUAGGAGGUGGUUAUGGUGGACACCACGGCGGCGGAUGGCAGUAA